AUGGCCUUCCAGACAAACGUCUUUAGAAACGGUGCUUGGGUGACGGAGACUAUUGACCUCCAAACUGUUCUGAGGGGCUCAACCACAAAUACCUCCGCUGUCGCUCCUUCACUCCCCGCUCCGCCAAGCUGUGGUAUCUUGACGAGAACUGUCAUCGAUAGCCCCAUUGCUCGAUGGGUCUUGCCUGCUCGCCUGAGGUCUGCACAUCAUAACGAUGUUGCCUUCGUUGGGGAUCGUUACGUGAGCAUCAAUGAGUUGCGCAAGGAUGGACAGCUUCAGGAGGUGCUGCGCAAGAACGACUUUGGCUGUCGUAUUCGAAAUGCGCUUGUUAUUGGAAACAAGUACGAGCACUUUCGCGUUGUCCCAGACGACCCUGGCCAUGACCACAUAAAAAGCGAAGACGAAGAUGACGACACCCACAUGGCCGACAUUGGCUCUGGAUCUGGCAUCAGUACUUCUCAUGGACAGUUCCCACCGCACUUAUUGCUCCUCAUCCUCGAAUCAGGUUCCUUUGUCUUCCUCUUCAUCAAAAGAGAUGAUGAGAGAGACACCCUGGAGUUCGUUGCAUCGCCGUUCCACAACCCAGCAAGGAGAUUAGGCCACUUGGGAUUCCACGUAGCUGUCGAUCCCAGGUCUCGCUAUAUUGCAGUCGCGGACGCCCAGAACAAAUUUGUCGUUUACGAGCUAGAGUCCAUGGAGGCAAUGGGCGAUCAGUUGAUACUUGACAAGGCCAUUAAACCCAUUAGGGCGCACCACCCAAGAGCAGUCCAAGGUACCAUUCUCAAGAUGGAGUUUCUUUAUCCUCGUCCCGAGGACGAAAGCCACGUCAUCCUCCUUCUCAUCAUCGCAAAGGCCGAUAGGUCGAAGAUGGUCAUCUACGAAUGGGAGCGGGGAGACGAUCUUGGCCAAGUGCUGGCCGAAGAAAAGCGUGGUCAUCGCAUCGCACCAGAACAUCGCCUCCCUCUUCUCAUCAUUCCUCUGACAGUGAGAAGUUCCUUUUUCGCAGUUUCCGAACACGCGCUUGGCAUAUGCAAGGACCCUCUUCAAGGGCCCCCUAACAUUGAAACAAUCAAUCCUUUCACCCACCCCGCGAGCCCUUUUCAUCACGGUACUAGUGUACCCCUUUGGACAGCUUGGGAUAGACCGGUACGGAGGCGGCGCUACUACGACACUAAGGAUCUUAUCUACCUGGCUCGAGAAGAUGGUGUGAUUGUCUUCUUUGAAUUCAAUACGACGGAUAUCCUGGGCGCUGCUAUGAAUGUUGGCAGCUGCAACUGCAAUAUUUCUACCGCCUUCACCACAAUGUAUGACGCUUACUCUGACGUCGCCAUCGUCGCCGGUGACUCUGGCCCUGGGAUGGUCUUUCAGCUCAAACCUCGGGAGCCUCUCGUCGAGCUUGGAAAGUCUCGAACUCUGGCAGCGGAGCAAAGCCGAGACAAUACCAUCGUUCAGGUAUCCGAGAAGCGUAUCAUUGCCAUCGACCAGAAUCACAGUUCAAGAUAUGAAUUAAGUGACUUUGAGGGUGUGGGUAGGAUAGCUGAGCAUGCAGCCGUCAGGGGUAAUUGCAUCUGCGUCUCAACCUUUGAAGAAUCUUGCUUCCGAAUCCACAUUUUCCGCACAGAAGGGACCGAAAUAUCCCUUACACAGACUUACCCUGUCGACGGCGAAGUUACGUGUCUAGCUCUCUGUUCUCUCGAUGGACGGGAAUGCGUACUGGCUGGACUUUGGCGACAAAACAGCCCCUACUUGGCCAUCUUCCCGACAGACGUAACAGGAGAAAGGCCAGAGUUGAUACUGCUUACCGCGGACCAAGCAGCCCAUGAUGCGGAAGGAAUUGACGCAAUGGAUAUUGCCCCAACAAUCGAGUUGGUGACCACCAUCGUGUCGGUAGCGGAAUCAGCGGAGCAAACAAGUGUAGUCGUGGGUACCCGAAGCGGACAUCUCAUCACGGUCCAAUUUACCGCGAAUCCCUUUCAACAUCAGAUUUUCAUGGAGAGACUGGGGACAGUCGCACUCGAAGUUGUACCUCUAGAAACGCCAUUGCUUCCUGGCUCGGUACUAGUUUGUUGCAACGACAAUCUCCUGCUUCUGAGGGACUUUGGGGCCAGACGGCUAGGUCAUUUUGCCACGAAGCAUCGGGUAUGGGCAACCGAUCUGAAGCACCCAGCGACGCCAUCGACGCCUAUCAUCUCUGCGGCGUGCAUUCCCGCCGAUUUGGGCGGUAACAACCGCGCGCCACUUGUACUUUUGUCGGGAGAGCGCAUGUCAUUUGUAGAGCUGUAUUUGCAAGCUGGGCCGGUUCCCAAGACACUGCCACUGCCCGGCACACCUGCCAAGGUGCUAUACUCUCAAACUCUACAAUGUUUAGUUGUUGCAGUACAGAUUGGCAAGAAGCCGACUGUCCUUUUCUUGGACCCCGAGACCGGAGAAGACCUCUCUCUUCCGCAAGACAAACAUGGGAAUGCAACAACAUUCAUCAGCGGCUUGGGAAACCAAGACGACAAAAUUCAUGCAGUAUACGACUGGCUUUUCGUCAAAGACGGCAUGACAUUUCAUUACCUCAUCGUCACGACAGCAGGCGGACGCCUGUUGCUUGUGUCUCCCAAGAAGGAAGAGAGUCAUGACCCUGAAGGCAAUAGGAGAACGAGGAUACGGUUCUCCACCAAAUACAGGAUAAAGGAAAAAGCGCCCAUAUAUUCUAUUGUCGGGGAUGACGACAGCAUUAUCUACUGUGCUGGAAAAGUCCUUCACUGGGACGUCCUGGACUCCGUCGAAAAGAGAUUGGUCCGCAAAAAGACAUACGAGCUGAACUCGCCCGCCAUCUCACUACGGAUGGUGAACGGCAAGAUCUCGGCGCUCACCCUAAGCGACUCCUUGGUGAUCAUCGAUCACAAGGCAGAGAACACACACGGCGAAAUGACCCAGGUCCAUGCGGAUCAGGUAACGCGGAAGUCGAACCACUUCUUCGAUGUCGGAGAUGAUGCAGACCCAGAGCUGAGUUGGCCAGUGACUCUGCUGACGGGCAUGGAUCGGAGCUUCACGGCAGUCUGGACUCCUUGGAAACAGCCCAAGAGAGAGCUGGAACUUGUUGCGGAAGGACCGCUGCCCGCCAGCAUCAGGAAACUUCAGCGAGGCCGUGUGCGGCCGGAAUGGGUGGCGACAGAACAUCUGCCACGGUACGGUAGUAUACCUAGCACAGUAGACGGUGCUGAGGUGUUGGGCAUCUGUCUCGACGGCUCGUUGAUGCACUUCAGCCUACUCAACCUUCAAGCAUGGCGGUUUCUGCGACUUGUUGAGAACCUAGCGCUGAGAAGUCCACUGCUGUUUCCCUACAGCUACGAAGUGUCUGUCGUGGACAACGAGGAAUACGACGCGGAAGCGAAAGACACGCCAAAGUCGAUGAAGCACAUUAAUGGAGAUUUACUCCAGCAGUGUAUCGACAAGCGGGUCCUUCGGGAGAUAAUGGAGGGAGACAGCAACCAUGACCUUUUGCGAGAGUAUCUGGACGGCUUGGAUGAUGGAAAGUGGACAGCAUCUUUUCAAGAAGACAACGACCCCCACCUCACGAGGUAUUUCGAUCUCGCUUACGACAUUUUGGAUUACUUCCUUGCGCCUGUUCUCUGA